CCUCAGCGCCGCGGCCGGGCCGGGCAGGGGCGGGGCUGGUGGCGCAGUCGGAAUUGCCGCCGCGGGUCCCAGCCGGCCGCAGGGCGCGCAGGGGCGGGGCGGCGGCGGCGGCAGGAGGGGGGUGAUGCCCUUGUUUAUUUUUACCCGGGCGGCUCAUCCUCUCCGGCAGCCCCAGGGCGGCCCCCCCCCCCCCCCGCCGCCCCCCGCAGCUCCCCGCCCCGGCUCCGACGGCGCCGCCUAUAAAGCGCCGCCCGCGGGGAGCCGAGGAUGCAGCUCUACAGCUCCGUGAUCACCCACUACCCGGCGGGCGGGACGGCCGCCGCAGCCGCCGCGGCCCCGCCGAGCCCCGCCGGUGUCUUCAAGGUUUCCUUGUCGCCGGGACCGCCCUCCGCGGAGGCACCGAGCGCCGUUGACGCCGCGGGCCCGAGCCCGGCCACCGAGAGCCCCGCCAAGGACGCCUUCAUUCCCGGGGGGGGAAGCAGCAGCGCCGCCGCCGCCAUGCCCGCCUUCUCCUGCCUGGAGGUGAUGCCGAGCGGCCCCACGGCGGGCCCCGGCAGCCGGCCGGCGGGCGGCCCCCAGUACAGCUCCUGCGCGCAGGUCACCGUCAGCCGCCGCCGGCCGCCGGAGCGGAUCGUGCCCAUCCGCAUCGUGCAGCGAGCCGAGGCCCCCGGCGAGCUGGUGCCGGCCUCGCCGCGCAGCCGGGCCUGGCUGGAGGGCAUCCUGGAGAGCAUGCGGCAGGCCGGGGGGGACGGCGAGGCCGCCGCCCUGCCGCCGCUCGCCGAGGAGCCCAGCAACCGCAGCCUGCGCCUCAGCGAGCACUGCCAGGCGCUGCAGGCGGCGGCCGCCGGCGCCCAGCCCGCGCCGGUCCCCGGCUGUCGCCCCGCGGAGAGGAGCGGCAGCCAGGCGCAGCCCGCCGCCGGCGGCCCCUCGCGCGGGGAGGAGGAGGAGGAGGAGGAGGAUGGAAGGGGUGCCGGUGCGCGCAGGGGGCCGGGCAGCAGGCCGGAGCGCAGCGAGAAGCUGGCGCUGUACCUGGCCGAGGUGGAGAAGCAGGACAAGUACCUGCGGCAGAAGGGCCGGUUCCGCUUCCACAUCAUCCCCGACGGGAACUGCCUCUACCGCGCCGUCUGCAAGGCGGUGUACGGGGACCAGCGGCUGCACAGCGAGCUCCGCGAGCAGACAGUCCACUACAUCGCCGACCACCUGGACCACUUCAACCCCAUCAUCGAGGGCGACGUGGGAGAGUUCCUCAUCGGCGCCGCCCAGGACGGGGCCUGGGCCGGCUACCCGGAGCUGCUGGCCAUGGGGCAGAUGCUGAACGUGAACAUCCACCUCACCACGGGCGGCCGGCCCGAGAGCCCCACCGUUUCCACCAUGGUUCACUACCUGGGGCCCGAGGACCCGACGCGGCCCAGCAUCUGGCUGAGCUGGCUUAGCAAUGGGCACUACGACGCAGUGCUGGACCGCGUGUGCCCCAACCCGGAGUACGAGGCGUGGUGCAGACAGACUCAGGUACAGCGCAGGCGGGAUGAGGAGCUGGCCAAGUCCAUGGCGGUGUCCUUGUCCAAGAUGUACAUCGAGCAGAACGCCUGCUCUUGAGACCACCUGGGCUGCAGGCUGGGAGCUUUGCUGCAGGGACUGAGACAGACAGAAGGCGUGCUGGCUGUGAUGGUGAUGCCUUAAUCUUUAAUGAAGCAGCAGCAGCACCCCAGACUGAGGACUGUAGGUUGCGGGGGAUAAAUACAAACGUGUUUAUAAUAUUCUGUUGUAAAAACUUAGCCUCGGAUUAUUUGCAAGCAGAAUCUCUGUGUAUGUUUGUGUCUCCCCUCCUCGCUGUCUAUUUUCUAUAAGAAUGUAUUUUUUGCACAAUAUUUUUAAACUGUUACCUCCAUCUUCCACAUCUUACAUUAGUACCUGGCUUUCAGCUGUUCAGCCAAAAACGUUUGUAAACAGUUUUUGUAAAUAAGGCUUAUGAUGUAACAGCUAUUUUUUGCUGUGUUUUUUACCCAUAAACCUUAUAUUUUUACCAGAUGAAGUUGAUGUCAAACUGACCCUCCCUAACUGAUGAAAGCAUCGUGGGUAUUUUCUUUUGCAAAACUAAAACAAUGGCUUUUGUGAAAGUGCAGCAAAGUAUGAACAGACAGCUUUUCAGAACAGUUGCUUUCUCUGCCUGGAGCACAGAACAGGUCCUUUGAGCUAGUUGGAAUGCAGCUACACGUGAACAGUACAGGGAGCAAUUGACUCUUCUGUAUUUAAUUACUGUUUUGAGUAAACCGGCCUCUUGUUGCCUGGUUGGCUCACCCUCUGCUCCAUUUAUAUUAUUUAUCGGUAAUAACAGAACAUUAACCUGCAAUAGAAUGUUGUGACUAGAUAAUAGUCUCCUGCUUAGGCAAUAAUUGCCUUGGCUGCACCUCAGUGUUUGUGUUUUGUUUCUGGGGUCACGGUGUCUUUUGUAUAAACCCUGCUUCUUUUUUGGCACUGGUGUUGCACCAACAAAUCAUUAUCUGAUCACAACACUUUAUUCACUUGAUGUUAUUUUUCUAAUCUAGAAAUCGGGAAAGGUGUUCUACAUUAUGGUUUAAAAGACAAAAAAAGUAUUUAAACUGAGGUUUGUGUAGUUUGCUGGGUCAAACAUUUAAAUGUUUCCAAUCUGAAUCCUGUCUCUUCUCCUUUCUGAUUAACUUGUUAGAUAUAUUUAUUAAGUAAUGCAGUUUGUACUUUUUUAUUUUGUAAUAUAUUGUGAUUUUGGAAUUUAUACUGUAUUUGUAUAAUAGGAAUAUUCACAGCUAAAAUGGAAUGAAUAAAGAAUAUAAUUUUA